UUUGGAGAAGACAGACUUUUCAUCGCCGGAGGAGACGACCACAGUCGAGACUGACGGCGUUAAAGUGGUUUAAGAAACUCUUUAUUUAGAUCAUCACUUAAAUCAAAGAUGAAUGCAGGUUUAAUUUCCAAGUGUUCAAGUGUGGGUCGUUCGAUGUUGGGUGGCCUUGGCAACAACUCUCAGGGUUUGCUUGGAACUUCACACGAGAUAAUGAGGAUGACAUGCAACAAAUUCUUAUCUCAACAGCAUAGAACGUUCAUACAGAUGAGGACCAAUCUGAAAGUUGUGGAUAACUCAGGGGCGAAGCGGGUGAUGUGCAUACAAGCUCUGAAGGGUAAGAAAGGGGCAAGGUUGGGAGACACAAUAAUAGCAUCAGUAAAGGAAGCCCAGCCUCGGGGCAAAGUGAAGAAAGGGGAUGUUGUAUAUGGUGUGGUUGUGCGUGCUGCUAUGCAGAGGGGCCGUUGUGAUGGGAGUGAGAUCAAGUUUGAUGACAAUGCAGUAGUCCUUGUCAACAAGCAAGGAGAGCCAAUUGGAACUCGAGUAUUUGGGCCUGUCCCACAUGAGUUGAGGAAGAAAAAGCAUGUUAAAAUUCUCACUCUAGCAGAGCAUAUUGCUUGAGGUAUCAUUUUCAUUCUUUUAUUUAUUUUGUUGUAAAUUUUUCUCUACAUAUG